AUCUUCCAAUGACUCACAUGUCCCCCUCCCCCUCCCCUGUCACACAUUUUACCCCCCCGUCCUCCCCUGCGCAGUUCUAUCCCUCAUUCUCUCACACUCGCUUUUCCUACAAGACCAAGCAACGGCGGCAGGAUGUCCAUAGUGAACAUCGUGGCCAGAGAAAUCCUGGACUCGCGGGGAAACCCCACAGUGGAGGUGGACCUGUACACCGCGAAAGGCCUCUUCAGGGCCGCGGUGCCGAGCGGAGCAUCCACUGGCAUCUAUGAGGCUCUGGAGCUGAGAGACGGGGACAAACACCGGUACAAGGGAAAAGGCGUGCUGCAGGCCGUAUCUCACAUCAACGACACCAUCAAACCCGCCCUCAUCCAGUCGGGGAUCAGCGUCGUCGAGCAGGAGAAGCUGGACAACAUGAUGAUUGAGAUGGAUGGCACUGAGAACAAGUCAAAGUUUGGGGCCAAUGCGAUCCUGGGCGUCUCCCUGGCAGUGUGCAAGGCGGGCGCAGCGGAGAAAGGCGUGCCCCUGUACCGCCAUAUUGCCGACCUGGCCGGGAACACUGAACUGGUGCUGCCCGUGCCUGCCUUUAAUGUGAUCAAUGGAGGCUCCCAUGCGGGCAACAAGCUGGCCAUGCAGGAGUUCAUGGUGCUUCCUGUGGGGGCUGAGUCCUUUCGGGAGGCCUUGCGCAUCGGGGCGGAGCUGUACCAGACCCUGAGGGGGGUGAUACAGAAGAAGUAUGGCCAGGACGCCACCAAUGUGGGCGACGAAGGCGGCUUCGCCCCAAACAUCUUGGAGAACAGCGAGGCGCUGGAGCUCCUGAAGACGGCUAUAGACCAGGCAGGCUUCGCCGACAAAGUGGUGGUGGGGAUGGACGUGGCCGCCUCCGAGUUCUACCGUGACGGCAAAUACGACCUGGAUUUCAAAUCUCCUCCCAACCCGGACAGACACAUUACUGCUGAGGAGCUGUCCGAUAUAUACCAGAGCUUUGUCAAUGAUUAUCCUGUGGUGUCCAUAGAGGACCCAUUUGACCAGGAUGACUGGCCGGCAUGGUCGAAGUUCACGGCCUCGAUGGGGAUUCAGGUGGUGGGUGACGACCUGACGGUGACCAACCCACGGCGGAUAGAGAAGGCCGUGGAGGAGAGAUCCUGCAACUGCCUGCUGCUCAAAGUGAACCAGAUUGGCUCUGUCACUGAGGCCAUACAGGCGUGCAAGCUGGCCCAGGAGAAUGGCUGGGGGGUGAUGGUGAGCCAUCGCUCAGGGGAGACUGAGGACACCUUCAUCGCUGACCUGGUGGUUGGGCUCUGUACCGGGCAGAUCAAGACCGGAGCUCCAUGUAGAUCAGAACGUCUAGCCAAGUAUAACCAACUGAUGAGAAUCGAGGAGGAGCUCGGUGACCAGGCUCGUUUUGCCGGGCACAACUUCCGAAAUCCCAGCGCUCUCUGAGACCGGCACUCAGACAUGGGGGGGGGGGGGGGGGGGGGGGGGGGGGGGGGGGGAGGAGAGAGGCGCACACGUACACACAGACGCACAUAACACGCACACGCAAUACGCACAGGGGAGAUUAAUACACGUACACACAGACGGUCAGGAAAUCGACUGAGAAUGUGAGAAAGACAUGGACCGGGAUGCCCAGAUGCUGAAAGACUGAUAGUCUGACUCACGCAACUGCACAUCAACAAACAGGCUGGAUCACAUACUGAUACAAACAAAAACACAGACUCAGUGACAGGCUGAAUUGCCGACAGUGACAGAUUGACAGCUUUACCUACAAACAUGGAAAUCUCAGUGAGCAGCACGCUCUCUCUCCCUCUCAUUCACACACUGGCUCUUUCAGCCCCUCCAUACAUCUUUGGCCUCCUUCUCUCUCUUCCACUUCUUUUCUCUCCAUUGCCCUCUCUGCAAAUCCCCAUAUUAUCUCUCUUUUCUGAUCCCUUCACCCUCUCCUGUCCCCAUACUGCCUGUCACCCUUUGCCAAUGUUCCUAAUGUCGUUAGAUAUACUAUUGAAAUACAAAGCUUGCCACAGAAUGACCCCACAAAUAAAAAGAUUGCAACUUCA